AGCGACUAGAGCGCGAAUGGUGGAAAGGAAAGAGAACGCAAUCAGAAUCUCCUUUGCCCGGCGAUUUGUCUGAUAGUCCAGUAACUAACCAGCCAUACGACGUCGUAGCAAUCCAUAUCACAAUACCAGCUGUUCUUUAUGAGAAUCAGCGCAGUUCAUCCUUUCCUAUUCUUCGUGGCCCGCACAAAUUUUCGAGCUCAACACUUCUGAAAAGUGAUUUGUGUGGACCAUGGUCGCUCCCAGACGGGAAGCCAAUGACAAAAGAUCAAUAUCCAUUUCCUAGCAGUGGUUCAGGGAAAGAUAGCGGCGGGUGGGUCUGGAUAAGCACGUGGGAGAUCGACAUGUCUCAAGCGCGAAUAGACGCCGAAGGUUGGCAAUACGCUAGGAGCUUCGAUGAACCAGAAGAAAUGUGGACAGAGGCUCCUUCUGGUACUACCGGACGUUAUGUUAGAAGGAGAAGAUGGAUUAGGAUUAUGAAACGUUUGGAUGAACCAACUGACGAAAACGAUUAUGUUGCUAAGGCCAAAGCUGUUAUCGAUAAAGGAAAGACCGAGAACGGGUCAUCAGCAUCAGAUGAACUGGAACGGUUUACGGAGGCAAUAGAAAUUCUCAAAGAAGGAAUCGAAAGUUAG